UAAAAGACAGGAUGAUGGCUACUGUCCACGUAUCUUGAUUUUCUCUUUGAAGGAAUAAGCAACAUUAAUGUCUACUUAAUUAACUUUGAGGCGAUGUGUGAUGAUAAAAGGAUUUCAAGAAUUUGUUCAUCGACUGCUGUAUUACAAAGAUCUCUAAUCAGUUAUUUUAACAGGGCAGAAAUCUUGCACACCGUCAAGCAUCACUUAACUGAGACUUUUGGUUAUAUGUUUCCACUUGAAAUCUGGAAGUGUUCCAACUAUCAAGAUGAAGAAUUUCCUUAAUGAACAAACUCUUGGGAAAAGAAAGUUUAACCUUAAUGAAAUAAACAACGAUCCAGUUUUUUUAGACCAUUUAAUUAGAAUAUGCAAAGGAGGAAAAGUUUUGAAAUUCCAGACGAGGAAAAUCUGUAACAAAGGCUUCGUUCUCUCCCAAUUUGUCACGCCGAGACAUCAUUCUCAAAAAGAAGUGAAAUGGGCAAAGGAGAAGAAGAAUGGACAGAAACUUUCUCUCUCCCCCUCCUCUGUCUUUUACAGAUUCUGGACUAUGAAGAUAUUGAAAAUUAAAGAUAAUCAACAACAGUAAAAUAAAAAUUUCAAAGAAUCAUUUCAGA